CGGACCGCUGGACCUUCCGACAACUCUGUGUGUGGACACGACGGAGAUAAACGGACUCGUUCGUGGCUCGUUGUUGACAUUUACGACUUUUUUGUUGUUUUUUUGUUGUUGUUUUUGUUCUUUCAGUGUUUGUUGGAGGUGAGCAGCUGCCAUGUUUGAACAUCUGGAACAUCUGUCUGACUAGUGGAGGAAAAGUGACUCGUCAGCAGUGACUCAAACCGAGUUUCGACACUUUUAGAGGAGGAUUAAUGACUUGUUCCUCUGUUCCAGUCGGUACUCCGGUUCGUUCUGACUCACGGUAACUCCUCCGCGCAGACAGCCGCCGGGCCCCGAGGCUGCAGCCACUCAACCGGACCGCAGACAUCCGGCCCCUGCCAGGUGGAGGCGUGUCUCUGGGCGGGAGGUUCGUUCCGAGAACACCUGAGUUGGGAACCAAAACGCUGACAGAACGACUCGCGGAUCCGUUAACAGCUCCGGUCACGAGGCCACUAUGGACCGGAUUGACUGUCUCCGGGUUUGACGCUCCGGACGGAAACCGGGUGAGGGCGUGUUAAAGUUUGAUUCGGACCGUGUACCGGAGUCGGUGAACCGGAGCCAUGGCUCUGUCCCAGAUCCAGUGUCUGGACGACCACCACGUCAACUGGCGCGUGAGCGAGAGCAAACCGGAGUUCUUCUAUAGCGAAGAGCAGCGACUCGCGCUCGAGACGCUCCUUACCGGCGGCCGCGAUGCCUUCACGGACUUCAUCCGCCAGAACGGGCUCCGGGAGUUUCUGUCCGAACCAGAGCUGGAGCGGAUUGCGCGCACGGCGGAGGCCUACCGACCCGGCUACGAGCACCAUCAGAAGCCCGACACGCCCGGACCGGGGAGCCUGACCCCGGGGAACCUGACCCCCGGGGCCGCGGAAGUAGCAGAGGACGGGGAGGUGUCGCUACAGUACUGGCCCGACCGAUCCGAGGCCUCGGUGGCGGAGCUGGACCUGGGCUGGCCCGAAUCCAUCUCAUACCGUGGGGUGACACGCGUGACCGUGUACACGCAGCCUCCCACCGAAGGGUUCACGCACAUCAAGGAGGUGGUGCGGAAGAGCAUUGCAUCAGCCCAGAAGGUGAUAGCAGUGGUGAUGGAUGUGUUUACAGAUGUGGAUAUCUUUCGAGACCUGCUGGAUGCGGCCUACAAACGCAAAAUUCCUGUAUACAUAAUCAUCGACAUGGCCGCCGUCCCCUGCUUUCUUUCCAUGUGUGCCAGGGCUGAUAUGCACCGUGGACACCUGAAGAAUCUGCGAGUUCGUUGCUGUGGAGGCGUGGAGUUCUUCACACGAUCGGCUCAGAAGGUGCGAGGUUCUCUGAGCCAGAAGUUUCUCCUGGUAGAUGGAGACAGAGCCAUCUCAGGUUCAUACAGUUUCACUUGGUCCUCAUCUCGUUUGGACCGUAACCUCAUCACCGUGAUCACAGGACAGGCAGUGGAGACCUUCGACAUGCAGUUCCGUGACCUUUACCUCGUGUCCAGAGGCGUGUCUCUCAGCAAGGUUCCCAUGGUGGAAGAACCCAUUCCUGACCCGAUCCCACACACGGCUCCCGCUCCGGUACCAGCCUCCGUUGCCAGGAAGCUCAUCAAUCCCAAAUAUGCCCUUGUUGCCACGGGCACCCACGCAAGCCCCACCUCCUCCGACCAGAACUCCAGCAACAAGAACUCGACCUCCCAGAAUCCCACUGGGCUAAAGAUAAUGAAAGGACGUCUGAAGGAUGUAAUUGAAGAGUCGCCUUUACAUCCAGGAUUAGCCCAUCUGGAGAAAGCGUACCUGAUCCCGUACCUGCCCACCUGGCCAGAACCAGACCCACCGAGCGAUGUGAUUGGCUUUAUUAACAUCAGAGAUGAAAAGCGGGCCAAUCAGGUUCACUUGCAGAGGUCGGAGAGGUUUGAGGUCAGUCAGGCGAUACGAUUCAGCUCCCCACUGACGAUGCCGCCUCAGACUGAGAAAUCUGCUUCAGAUCAGGAUACAAAAGUUGAAAAUCUUCCUAAGACUACAAACCCCAAAGCUCCUACUCCUGACAGUCCAACCAACAAACCAAAUAAAGACCAAACAGUUUCCCCACAGCAGCCCAACAGACCUGCACCACAGGAUGCUCACAAACCAAAUGCACAACCGUCUACAUCACCACCAGUGGACAACGUUGUACAAAAUCCAGAGACGCAGCCUGCAGCACCUCCAGUUCCCAAACGUCGCACGCUGCAGCUAGUCAUAGACCCCACUCCUCUAGAACAGCCUGGCGAAGCACAGGUCACUCUGAUAAAAAUGGACCAAGUGGAUGGCUCGUUGACCAAAACAAAACCCAAGAAGGAGCUGACGCCCAGCCAUGGCCGCCUAACGUCAGCGCCCGACCACGGCCGGGACUCCGGCAGUAACGGCAACGACAGCCAGGACAGCACCAAGGUCAUAUGCGACCGCGCCGGCAACGACGAUCCUUCGAGCGCUUCCACGGCAUCGGAGGAGGAGUUUUAUGAUUGUAACCAGCAGGAACCGACUGACCCUUUGACCAACGUGGGGACGACCGGGUCGGGCAGAGGGAAUCGCCAAGGAGACGGGUUCAACAUGAUGGCCCGCCUCUCUCAGAGCAUGCUGGACCUGCGGGAGCCCAGCCAAUCAGACGACGGCAAAGCCCUUAUCCGCCAAUCACAGCAGCUGCGUAGACAAGGAUACCCCUCCCCACACAGGCACAUAGGACAGUUGUUUCAGACCUCUACAUCUCCAGGUCGUGAUGGGAGACUGAGAGGACCAAAAGUCGUCAUCGCAAAACCGGGAAGUUUUCAUCGCCCCGCCCGAGCAGCUGGUCCAGUGAUUGGCGGACACCGUUACUGGCAGGGCCAAAUGCUGCAACCCGACUCGGCCCAGCUGCGAGUCGAGUCCCGGUCUGGGCGGUCGCCACGACGACACAGCCCUGGUUACAGGAAGACGGACCACAUAGCGUCGCAGCCACCCACCAACCAGUCCGGGUUACUGGGAGUUUCUUUCUCAAAAGUCAGCAACUUAAGACACUUAAGGGUGCGAGGUGGAGCGCCGCAGAAGAAGGCUCCUCAGAACAACAAGACUGCCAGGUAGAACUGUGGAGGUAACUAUGCAGGUAAACCGGGAUGUUUGUCAGCCGACGGAAUGGAAUCUUUUCUGUCUCUUUACGUUUGUGAAAUUCUUGGGUGCAACAUACGAGAACUAUUUAACUGGGAUUUUUUAAAUUUCAUUUUCUGGAUGGUUUCUUUUUUUUUUUCCAAAGUGUUUGGCCAAUAGUAAAUUUAACCUGCAGAUACUUAUACACACGUGGACAAAAUUGUUGGUACCCCUCAGUUAAAGAAGGAAAAACCCACAAUUCUCACUGAAAUCACUUGAAACUCACAAAAGUAACAAUAAAUAAAAAUUUAUUGAAAAUUAAAUAAUCAAAAUCAGCCAUUACUUUUGAAUUGUUGAUUAACAUAAUUAUUUAAAAAAACAAACUAAUGAAACAGGCCUGGACAAAAAUGAUGGUACCCAUAACUUAAUAUUUUGUUGCACAACCUUUUGAGGCAAUCACUGCAAUUAAACGAUUUCUGUAUUUGUCAAUGAGCAUUCUGCAGCUGUCAACAGGUAUUUUGGCCCACUCCUCAUGAGCAAACAGCUCCAGUUGUCUCAGGUUUGAUGGGUGUCUUCUCCAAAUGGCAUGUUUCAGCUCCUUCCAUAUAUGUUCAAUGGGAUUCAGAUCUGGGCUCAUAGAAGGCCACUUUAGAAUAGUCCAACGCUUUUCUCUCAGCCGUUCUUGGGUGUUUUUGGCCGUGUGUUUUGGAUCGUUGUCCUGUUGGAAGACCCAUGACCUGCGACUGAGACCAAGCUUUCUGACACUUGGCAGCACAUUUCUCUCCAGAAUGCCUUGAUAGUCUUCAGAUGUCAUCGUACCUUGCACACUUUCAAGACACCCUGUGCCAGAUGCAGCAAAGCAGCCCCAAAACAUUACUGAGCCUCCUCCAUGUUUCACCGUAGGGACAGUGUUCUUUUCUUCGUAUGCUUGGUUUUUGAGUCUAUGAACAUAGAGUUGAUGUGCCUUACCAAAAAGCUCCAGUUUGGUCUCAUCUGUCCAAAGGACAUUCUCCCAGAAGCUUUGUGGCUUGUCAACAUGCAUUUUUGCAAAUUCCAGUCUGGCUUUUUUAUGAGUUUUUUUCAGCAGUGGUGUCCUCCUUGGUCAUCGGAAGAG